AUGUAUUCCCACCUCAAGGAGCCAACUUUCUUUUGCCGGAAAAAAGAGGAGGAAUACAUAAAUCUAGAGAAAUAUGAGAUUGCCUUAACAUUGCAUGUCGCUUUCGCCUCAGCAGCUAGCCUUCAAGGAGGGCUAGCGGUCACAAACGAGAUUUUGUUGCCGUUUGUUGGGGAAUUACUCAGCUUGCAAAAAGCCGCUUUCAAAACCCCGAGGGGCUGUGGUGGAUUUUUCAAGGCAAACACCGGUAUCACCACCAAGCAAAUGACGGCCGAGAAUCUACCAUCACAAGAAGCCUUUUCCUCUCAGACCACGAAGCUGGAGAAGGCUCCAACCUUAUACAUAAGCCGAACUGGAGCCGCUUGGUCUUGCUCUGUUGAACGAAUCUCAUUCCGACCAAGGAUAGCCACUUCAUAUCAGAUCAACUGA